GGAUCCGGAGUGAUGACCGGUGAGUCAGAGGUUGAAAUACGAGAGAUAGUUAAUUAUACUCUCUCCGGUGGAGGACUUUUUUCAUUAAUAAACACUACACAGCUCCGCCUAAAACUCAGUUUCGAAGACAGGAAUGAGAUCAAGCGAUUGCUGGACCUUGCCAUAUCCAAUGAGACUACCUACAUUUCAAUCACCCCUUAUCUGAUACAUGAUACUGCAUCAAAUGCCAUUCAACCAAUAAACAUCUCCGAUGCUCUCCAAGUGACUAACUUCACUACUGACAGCGUACCACCACGAGUAAUGAGUUUCGAUUUGGACAUGGAUGGACCAACACUCACACUCUAUCUUACUGAAACGGUGGAUGUCACCUCACUUAAUGUGUCAGCCAUACUAAUACAGUCAUCUGAUUCAUUCUACGAUGGAGAGGUUGAGUAUCACACACUGACUCCUGGCCUACCUCCAUUAGGAACUAGCUCCCGAUCAGAAAACAGCCACAUCAUUACCAUAGACAUCGGUAAAGUAGAUGCAAACAGAAUCAAAUUUCUUACUGGACUUGCCCAAGAUGCUAACUCGACUUACAUUUCGUUGACACAAGAUGCCCUCAAGGACACUACUGGAAAUGACAUUGUAGAAAUACCAGAUACAAAUGCUAGUCAGGUGGAUAGGUACUAUGCUGACAUGACAGGACCUGUUCUGCGAAAUUUCUCACUGAAUCUAACUUCUGAACUGUUAACACUAGUUUUUGAUGAAACAGUCGACUUCCUUUCUCUGAGAGCAAUGUUGGUAACACUCAACAGCAGUUCAACGGACUCACAAUCUUACAGAUUUCAGUCGGUAGUUCCUAUUGGCCUCAAUUCUCAUAUACUUGUCCUAAAUCUAACGGCAACACAGUACGAUCUGAACCGAAUUAAGCUACUCUCCCAACUGGCCAUCGAUCGUGACUCUACCUAUAUUCUCCUUUAUAAUGGAGCCAUAUCGGAUCUGGCUUUGAAACCAAACUACAUAAUGGACUCUCCUCUGACCCAGGCGGAUGAUUUCUUCAGUGAUACCAUUUCCCCUGAUAUUAUUGCUUUCAAUGCCAACCUCAAUGUAGGCACAGUGACCCUCGUAUUUGACGAGGUGGUAAACUCCUCUAGUUUGGACCCUACCGCCCUCAGACUACAGAACACAGUGAUGGGACCGGAUCUUAUUACCAACUUACAGGUGGCUCAACAUCGAGUUACAAUGGUCUCACUAUUGUGAUAAACAUAACUCGAGAUGAUCUGAACAACAUCAAGUUCAUAGAAAAUCUGCUCGUUGAUCAGUAUACUUCAUACCUAAGCGUCGAGUCUGGUCUCAUUCGAGAUAUGAACAGGAACCUUGUCACGUCACUGCCUCCCCACAAUCCACUACAGAUCAGCAAAU